UAAAAACAUCUCUUCCAGAAGAUCGAUUUGUGUGUUUUUUUUUUUUUGGGGGUCUUUUUACGGAUUUUUCGUUCUUCUCGUUUGUGGGAUCUUCGCGGUUUGGUUGGAUCUCUCUCUCUGAGGCGCUAUUCAAACAAACAAACAAAAAAAAACCCUAAAGAGGAUUUCUUCUUCGAAUUCGUAAAGCGGAAUUAGGGUUUCUCAAUUGAUGAUGGUGGUGAAGGAAGAAUUGUGAAAGAGUUAAUUUUUAAAUGUUGUUGUUCGAAAGAGAAGAAGAAGAUGAGAGAAGGCUAUGCAUGGGUGGCUUUGUGAUGUUGUUGAGAGGAAGAAUCAUCGUCUUCGGCUUAUGUUUAGAGCUCCUUCCCGUUUAAUUUCGAGCCUCGACGCUUCUUCGUCUCUCUCUCUUUCUUCUUCCUCUACUUCCUUCUCUAAGGACGGACGGAGAAUUAGUGUUGGUGACUGUGCACUCUUUAAACCACCACAGGAUUGCCCACCUUUCAUUGGUUUGAUUCGUUUGGUUAUUCCUGAGAAAGAAGAAGAAGGCAAGUUUAAGCUGCGUGUGAAUUGGCUUUAUAGACCCGCUGAAUUGAAGCUUGGCAAAGGCAUCCUUUUGGAGGCUCAGCCUAACGAAAUCUUUUAUUCCUUUCACGAGGAUGAGAUACCGGCUGCUUCCUUACUCCAUCCUUGUAAAGUUACCUUUCUUCCUAGAGGCGUUGGAUUGCCAUCUCGAAUCUCUUCCUUUGUGUGUUGGCGAGUUUAUGAUGUUAUGAACGAUUGCAUUUGGUGGCUCACUGAUCAAAACUAUAUAGAUGAACGGCAACAAGAAGUAGAUAAGUUAUUGUGUAAGACUCGUUCCGAGGUGCAUACCACACUACAGGGUGGUCGUUCUCCUAGGAUGAAUAGUCCGACAACAACGCAAGUGAAAGCUGGUUCUGAUGGCAUGCAGAACAAUAACUCUUUUUCUUCGCAAGGUAAGGGAAGGAAGAGAGAGCGUCCUGAUCAGGGCUCCGAGUCUGUGAAAAGGGAACGUCCCAGUCGGGUUGAUGAUAGUGGUUCUGGUUUCUUGAGAACAGAAAGCAGUUUGAAAUCUGAAAUUGCUAAAAUUACGGAAAAAGGUGGGCUAGUGGACUCUGAAGGGGUUGAGAGUUUGGUGCAGCUCAUGCUGCCUGAGAGGAAUGAGAAGAAGAUAGAUUUGGUUGGCCGAUCAAUUCUUGCAAGCGUUGUAGCGGCAACAGACAAGUUUGAUUGCCUCAGUCGUUUUGUCCAGCUGAGGGGAUUGCCUGUUUUUGAUGAGUGGCUACAGGAAAUUCAUAAAGGGAAAAUUGGGGAUGCGAGCAGUCCCAAAGACAAUGAUAGAUCAGUGGACGAUUUUCUCUUGAUCUUACUUCGUGCUCUUGAUAAGCUACCUGUGAAUCUCAAUGCUCUCCAGACUUGUAACAUUGGAAAGUCGGUUAAUCAUUUGCGGUCACAUAAGAAUUCAGAAAUUGGGAAAAAGGCAAGGAGCUUGGUUGAUACAUGGAAGAAACGUGUUGAGGCAGAAAUGGAUGCAAAGUCUGGAUCCAAUCAGGGUGCAUCUUGGCCUGGAAGACCUCGUCAUUCUGAAGCCUCUCAUGGAGGUAGACAUUCAGGUGUAUCCGCUGAUGCAACCAAGACUUCAUCAUCACAUCUUCAUCCGUCUAAGUCUGUGUCCGUCAAAAUACCGUCAGAGAACAGCAUGAAGUCUGCAACUACAUCUCCAAGUUCUACUAGAUCAGCCCCAUCACCUGGAACAGGUGUAGCUGUUGUUAAUGACGGGCAGCAAAGAAAUACUGGGCUGAGCAGGAGUUUCUCAUCACAAAGAACUGCACCUGAAAAAACUUGUGAAGUACCGAUGGCCGAAGGUUGCAGUAACAAGUUGAUCGUGAAGCUGCCUAAACGUGGCCGUAGUCCAGCACAGAGUGUUAGUGGAGGUUCCUUUGAGGAUCCUGCAGUGGGUAAUAGCAGAGCUCCGUCACCUGUUCCUUCAGAGAAGUAUGAUCAGUUUGACCGAAACAUGAAAGAAAUGAAUGAUACAUAUCGAGCUAAUUUUAGCCCUGAUACUAAUACCGAGUCUUCGCAGAACAAUGAUCUUAAAAAUCUAUCAACAGUUUCAGAUGAGAUUGCUGGUUCCCCUUCUGUUAAUGCUGGUGAUGAGCAUGGAAAGGCUGUUAAUGAUUCUGGUAAAGUAGCAGGAACUGCCAAACCCACUUCUCCCACGUUGGGAGAUGACGCUAAAACUGGGAAAAGGCAUUGUGGAUCACAUAGCUCAAUGAAUGCGUUGAUUGAAAGUUGUGUCAGGGACUCUGAGACAAAUGCAUUUAUGGCUGGUGCGGAUGAUGUUGGAAUGAAUCUUCUAGCUACUGUAGCUACUGAUGAAAUGUCCAAAUCCCCUGUCGCAUCACCCUCGGUAUCCAGGGUUUCAGAUUCCAAGAUGAAUGAUAGCUCCAUUGCAGAGAACCAUACACCACGAAUCACAAAUUCUUUGGAUGGCUUACCUCGCGAACAAGCUGAACCGUUUGCCAAGAAUCCCAUGAUUGAUAAUGAGCAACAUGUCAGUAGUAGUGGACCUAGUGGUGAGCAGUUUGCGGCUUUAGAGAAUGUGAAUGAUUCUAAGCCUGGAGAUCUUGAUGAGAACUCCGACUCAGAAAUCGAAGAAUUGCAAAGGUUGGUGGAUCAGUGCCUAGAGAGCAAUGAAAAUUCAGAUGAUGUUGUUGCUCCAAGUGCUUUGCCCACAACAGCCGUUGGAGAAAACAUGUCUGAUGAUAGUGAUAGUGGUGUAGUUAGUAACCUAAAGACUGAUUUUACAUCAGAGACAGAAAGAGUGGCAGAUACAACGAAGAGGACAGGAAACUCUAUUGUAAGUGAAUGUAAAGCCAUUGGCGGAAGUCAAAAUGCAUAUUCUUUGGCUGCUGAGCAACCACACACGAACGUUGUUAGUGAUAGUAGGACAGAAGAGAAACCAAAGGUGAUAUUGAGUUCUGAGCUAUCUUACAAAAUGGGAGAAGGUGUAUCAGAUAUUUCAGAGGUUGUCAAGGAUAUGGGUACUGCAAAUGUUGAUAGAAAAGUGUCUGAUAAUGAUUGUGGGGUUGUUGACGACCAAAAGGCUGAUAUUACAUCAGUGGCAAAUCGCAUUUCAGAUACAGCUGAAAUGGUGGAAACCUCUGAGUCAGCUGAAUGUAAAGCUGUCGACUUAUGUCCUAAAGUAGAUUCUCUGGCUGUUGCCACUACUCCUUCGGAUGUCUUAGGUGAGAACAAGAAAGAACAGAAACCCCAGGUAGUGUUGAGUUCUGAUAUACCAGUCUCUUCUGGGUUCUCCAGGGGGAUGGCUGCAUACGUUGAUAGAUUGGUAACUGAAAAGAUCAAUGAGAUGGGGGUUAAUCAUAUUAACCAAUCAGAUAUAAAGAAGAACAAUCGUGUGACAGCUCGUCUGGACUCAUCUGAAACUAACAGUGAAGUUGAGCAUGUAGUGGCGUCUCAAAAGAGUAUUGAAGUAGAUAAACGGUGCAGUGCGGCGUUGGAUCAGCAAGUAGUCUCACCUAAAAUUGCAGAAGAUAGUCGGAGACCAAAUGGGUCUAGAAUGAGUGGAGCUGACGGAGAUGAAGCGGAGGAAUGUACAUCUGUUGCCACAGAUGUUCCUUCAGUUUCAGCAAGGUCAGAGAUGGAAGUCAGAGUUGAAUUUGACCUAAAUGAAGGUUUCGAUUGGGAUGAUACACGAAAUGGGAAUAUAAAUAGUUUCUCUGGAUCUGUGUCUAUGACGCCUGUUCCUUUACAACCCAGUCGACUUCCUGCGUCCAUUACUGUUGCUGCUGCUGCAAAGGGUGCGUUUGUUCCUCGUGACGAUUUAUUGAGAAACAAAGCAACUGUUGGCUGGAGAGGAUCUGCUGCCACUAGUGCCUUCAGGCCAGCGGAGCCAAGAAAAGUGCAGGAGGUGGUGCCAUUAGGCUUGAAUAAUGUGUCUUCGACUGAUGCCUCUACAACUGCUGGCAAGCAAACGAAGAUGUUCUUAGACUUUGACCUAAAUGUACCUGAUGAGAGAGUUCUUGAAGAUCUGGCUUCCCAAAGAUCUACCAACCCCACAAAUUCCUCUGGUGGGCUGGAUCUUGAUCUAAAUAAACUUGAUGAUCCAACUGAUAUGAAUAAUUACACAAUAAGCAGUGAUCGUCAGGUAGACUCAUCUUUUAAGCAGGCAAACUUAUCUUCUGGUGGUCGUAGAGAUUUUGAUUUAAACGAUGGACCCGCUGUUGAUGAGUUGAACGUGGAGUCAUCUAUUGCUUUUUCUCAACAGUCCCGAAGUAGCUUGACAUCACAGCCAAUGAUCUCUGGAAUAAGAAUGAAUAGUGAUAAUAUGGCAGCUGGCUUCUCAUCUUGGUUUCCUGCUGCUAACAAUUAUUCAGCAAUGGGCAUUCCUCAAGUCUUGCCUGAUCGAGGUGAUCAGCCUUUUCCAGUUAUUACCAGCAAUGGACCGCAGAGGAUGGUGGGUCCAACAUCCGGAGUUUCCUCAUUUACACCGGAAAUGUUUAGAGGCCCAGUUUUGCUAUCUUCUCCGGCAGUUUCAUUUCCGCCCACAGCGUAUCAGUAUCCCGGGUUUCCUUUUGGAACUAGUUUUCCUCUAGCCUCAACAAAUUUUUCAGGUGCUUCAACACCAUACAUGGACUCUUCAUCAAGUGGCAGGCUUUGUUUCCCUCCUGUCAACUCUCAAAUAUUGGGUCCAGGAGUUGCCAUCCCGUCUAAUUAUCCAAGGCCUUAUGUCGUAAACCUCCCAAAUGGUAGUAGCAAUGGUGGAGUGUCAGAUAACAACAGUGCCCAGUGGUUUAGAUCAGGUCUUGACUUAAAUUCCGGGCCAGGAGGGCAUGAAACUGAUGGGAGAGAUGAAGCAACACUAGUGCAAAGGCAAUUACCUUUGAAAGAUGAUCAAGCAAGAAUGUAUCAAAUGUCAGGUGGUUCUCUCAAGAGGAAGGAAACAGACGGUGGAUGGGAUGGAUAUAAGCAAUCCUCAUGGCAAUAACAAACCUCAGAAUCUCUUUGUAGGCUACCGCACUAAGCAUUUAAUUUGGAGAUAAAAGCAGAUGCAACUGCCACAAAGUGUUCGUCUAUCGGGCUGGUGAAGACGACAUUGGACCGUUUUGUUCAUAUAAUCUUGAGCAACCAGCUUCUUAGACAAAAUCUGACCCCCUACGUCUUACCAUCAUCAUGUAGAUACCUCCAACAGUUUCGGAUUUUCACAGGCGUGGCGUGAAAAACUCUCAGUGAAACCAAGACCAUCAUCAUCACUUUGUUUAUUUGCUCUCUAUCCCCCAUACAGAGAGAUUUGAGAGUUUUUACAGGUGAACUUUUUUAAAAAACAACACACUUGUUGUGUCACUCUUUGGCUCGUCUUCUCUAACAUCUAUAUGUUUCCAGUCCAAAAAAGGCAAGAAAAAGAUAGUUUAGCUUAUGUAAUUUUUUUUAAACAGUUAUGCUGUAAAAAAAAGAAGGAAAUGGUGAUGGUCUUAAAAGCAUAAUGGGUAUGAGGUUGAGAGAUAAAUCUUGCCAUGGUUUGUAUUAUGAAGUCAGCAUCUAUCAAUGCCUCCUCCAUUGUAGAUUAUUAUUAUUAUUAUUCUACUUGUGCUAGUUAUGGUUGAAGAAGUGAUC